AUGGACUCAUGCAUCAUCUGCGGUGGACGGCAGUCGUACUUUUACGAGCUGUUCUUCUCACCAGAACUGCCGACACCCCACGGUGGCCCGCUGACGGUGUCAACUGAGGAUGGUGCUGACGGUGGUGCCGGGGUGGGGAGCGUAGCGGCAAGUGCGUUGUCGGGCGGGGCGGAUGCGGCGGCGGUGGCGGCGGCAGCGGCGGCGGGCGGGAUUGGGAGCGCCAAGAUGGACAUGCCGCCAACAGUCAUCAAUCGGGCCGAUGCGUCGGUGACAGUCCUCAAUCCGCUGCGGAACAGAGUGCUGCUGCGGCGGCUCGAGCGCAAGACGCUGGUGUUGGACCUGGACGAGACGCUGGUGCACUCGACGCUGCGGCCGGCGGGCGAGCCGGAUCUUGAGCUCCGAGUCCACAUCGACUCGUUCCCGUGUGUAUUCUAUGUGUUCAAGCGGCCGCACGUCGACGCGUUCCUCAGGCAGGUGGCGGCGUGGUACGACGUUGUCGUGUUCACGGCGUCGCUCCACCAGUACGCCAAUCCCGUGCUCGAUGCACUCGACCCAGACUCGGAGCUCAUCGCGCAACGCUACUUUCGCGAGUCGUGCACGCUACUGCCGACUGGCUUUGCCAAGGACGUGUCCAUCACCCGCAGCGACGGCGACCUGGCCAAGGCCGUUCUGGUCGACAACUCGCCAUCGGCCUUUAUGAUCAACCGGCACAACGCCAUCCCCAUCGAGACGUGGCAGUCCAAUGUCAACGACGAGGCGCUUCUCGAUCUUCUCCCCUUUCUCAACAUCCUCCGCUUUGUGGACGACGUCCGCUCCAUCCUCUCGCUGCGCGUGGCGAGGUGAGGUAAAGCUUGAUCAUGUUUA